CGUGAUAGACGUCUCCAGCAAUCUCGGCGUAUAUAUGCUCAAGGGUUGGGUCCUGACGGACGUAAUUUGCUCAAAAUGCGGCAGGGUACCUAUGAUGAGGUCUCCGUCCUCCGCCUCCGCUGUCACUCAGUUUUGCGUCAACUGCGACCCAGCGCCGGACAGUAACUCCGGCGCAGGUGCCUCCACCCAGCUGCGGCCGACUCCUGUGCCUCAGGCGUCAUUCGCGGCGAGCUCUGUGUCCAGCACGCACAUGUCUCGGUCUUCGACUCCACCGACGGAUGUAUCAAGCGCACCAGACUCGCCUCUUCUCGCCCCCCUCAUGGACCCCGCGGAGCUACUCCGUCGUCGGCAACAAUCCGACACAGCUUCAGCCGAAAUCGGCAGACGUAUGCUCAGAGGCUGGGCGAUGCUGGGAGAUGAGUGCCCCGGUUCCAACUGCUACGGGAUCCCCCUCGUGCGGCCCCCAAAGGUUCAGGCCACUAUCGACCCGAGGAAGGAGUGUGUGAUCUGCGGCACCGUCUAUGUAGACGAGAAAGACGUCCUGGGACAGGAUCGCCUAGUGCCCAUGCUUCCUGCGUCUAGUUCAGCAGCUACCUACCGAUCACCUCCGCCCGCAGCUGCAGGGCUCUCCUCGCCUCCGCAGACUUACGUUGAUAAAGGAAAAGGAAAGGCCAUGCCGAACAUGGGUACUCGUCUUUCUGCGGACGACACCUUGCAUUACCCGUCCGAUGCACGGCGAGAGCCGCACACGAGAUCACAGCCGACGGUUCUUGAAACACGUUCCUCUACAUCCUCAGCUCUCGAGGUGUCCGCACGUUCUCUUGAACAGUCGCUCCUGGCACUCUCCGCACGCCUAGAUACGCUAUCCGCCGGUCCCAUUCUAGAUACAGCGUCGAUCGGCCAAACUGCCGAUACGAUUGCGAAAGUUUCGCAAGCUCUUGCCCAAGUAAAGCAGCUACUCUGGAGCGAACAACAAGCGCGGAUCGCGUAGGAGCCCUGCGCCCAUACGAACACACCCUUGAUCAUAUGCCCAUCGGCUCUUGUCUCGUGUGGCCAGCGUCGAAUGUAGUAACAGGGGCAGGUCAGAGGACAGCAGUUGUGGGAUAGUCGCGCGCGUACGCGCCAGGUUUGUGUACUCCAGUGUAUAGGCCGUUGGCCACGGCUUGUAUCAAAAACACGCGGGUAGGCGGCGUUCGUCACCUCGCGCUGCGCGGAGCAUAGGACGCGCGCCUGUGGACUGUGCUCGCCCAUCUCGCGUUCC